AUGAUAUUACUGUUUAGACAAUUGUCGUUAUCAUCAGCUUAUAGUGACAAGUUAUGUAAGGCAUUGGCACCCAAUGGCAAGUAUCAGCCUAUCGGUGCCUAUCGUCGAUGGUUUCAAAACAGUCAUAUGGAAAGCCAAUACAAUGACAGCUAUUGGAUGUGGAACCGGGAAAAGGAAUGGCAGUUUAGGCUGACCUUUGAUAACAAUAACUGGCCGAUUGAUGUUGAAUUGGUUUCAAACAGUUUAGUCAAUAGUAUCAACACUAGUAUUGUCAAUAGGUUUGCACCCAAAUGGACGACUAAAUCAAAUGGAAAACAGUUUUAUGAAUCAUACUAUUGUGAGGUCUACUAUGAGUAUGAGCAAAACGAAACAGUAACUACUUAUUGUUUAAGACCACCGGCCGAUCAGCUUAGAAAAAAUGCCCAAUUCAUGGCUAAUUCACUGAUAAUUAGUCCAUUUCCCGAUAAGAAAACAAUUUAUACAAUUAUUGUCGACCGGGAAAAUGUUGUCCCCAAACACAUUAAGUAUUACUAUUUGGACAGCGAUCGGAUAUACAUUUAUGACCGGUGCCGUAGACAAGGCUGUCGAUUGCUGAAAAUAUUUCAAACACUCAAUCAAAUUAUGUUUAGGUUUGUCGACGCUAUUGUCGACUAUGAUUACGGUACCAAACGUCAGGGUUAUGUACUGUUUUUUACCUACAAUUCUCAGCCUUAUUACUGUUUUGCCACUUUGACUGAACUGUCCCGAGAGUGUAAAUCGUUUAAUAUGUUAAAACGUUUGGCCUCUUAUUGUACUAAUAUAUGGUUAUCCAAUGCCAGUAACACCACUACUACUACUGUCUCCAUCAGCAGUACAGUCCUAUCGACAUCCAGUGCUGAAUCAACUAAUUGGACGACUAGUGAUACAACAAUAACAACAACACUAGUAGUCGACGACAAUAAUGACACAAAUACUAACAGAUCGUCAACUUAUUUAUGGUUUUAUGUCAUUAUAAUUGUCAUUUAUGAACCGCCAAAACCUAGCGAUGAUAACAAAUUGGACAAAAUUCAAUCGAGAGUUCCGUCAGAAAUUCGGGCCAAAGUCGGCCAAAUGGACACCGAUUGGUCACUACAUGUGGAUAACAUAUCGACUGAAUCUAUAAAAUCAAAAAUGUCAUAA